AUGGCUACAUACAGUUUACAGACUAAGAAACUGGUGGGGACGAACAACCAGAAAGUCAACGGACUCAGCCCAGAGCUGGGUCCUAAAACCUUCGCAAACAUGUUGAAGCUGGUCUUCCUGGUCCUGCCAUGGUUGGUUCGGUCGGCUCCCGUCGGCACGCUAUACCUCCCGCUGGACUGCGAGGCCGUCUACAACCAAAGGAUGAGCUUACUCGGUAAAAACCCGAGUUUCGUUCCCAGCGGCGUUUACACCAUCUACCCGGCCGGAGCCCAGAGACCAGUGAGGGUCUACUGCGAUAUGGGCUGUGCUGAUACCAGCCACCAGGACGGGAGGUGGACCGUGAUUCAGAGGAGGCUGGACGGCAACAUGAGCUUCUACCGGCCCUGGCAGCAGUAUAAGGAGGGAUUCGGAGACGCCAAGGGGGAGUACUGGCUAGGUCUGGAGAACAUCUUCCUGCUGACGUACAGAAGCAGGUACCAGCUGAGGGUGGACAUGGAAGAUUUCGAGAAAGGACGCGCUUACGCCCAGUACACCUCCUUCUACAUUGACCCCGAGUCCAGCAAAUACAGGCUUCACGUCAGCGGCCACAUCAACGGUGGAGCAGGAGACUCCCUGUCCCAUUCGAGUGAGAGGGACUUCUCGACGUUUGACAAGGAUUCCACGGGGAGCUGCGCCAACACGUACUCCGGAGGGUUCUGGUACAACUCGUGGCAGUGCCACCACGCCAAUCCUAACGGACUCUACAAGUGGGGGAACGUGGCGAGCUCCUACACGGGAAUCAUCUGGUACUCCUGGAGAGGCUCCAAUUACUCCUUGAAGAAGAUCACGAUGAAGAUCAGACGAGUGACUAUGGAUGAUCUGAAGGAGCUGUAG